AUGGCGGACACUGUCUUGAAGCAUCGAGCUGAGUUUGCCUUUGCUCAGCUCGAGAACGAGAGAUCUCUGACAUCUCUUCGUGACGAGCUAAGGGUAGCUCGUGGGAUUGUUGAUCGGUCUCGGGAUCAGAUAGCUGCUCUUCAGACCCUUGUUGAUGCCCACCAUCGGGAGCACAAGGCUCUCUGCGAGAUGCUUGAGAGCAAGGGCGUUCUUCAUCGGAAGAAGCAGCGUACUGAUGGUACGGCUUAA